GUCUGUAUAUUAUUUUCUUGGUUAUGCCUACAGAUUUCUACAAACAAGUCUAACAGGCAUAACUCCAAGUUUUGUGGUGAUCAUUUAGGAGCAGUGUUAUAUUUUGCUGAGAGACUUCUUGCAGACUGUGACACUGUUCAAGUACUUAAUGAGAUUUUGAUGUUGGUUUUGGACAUUUGCUAAUAAUUGUUCAUGUGUUCAAAAUCUGUGGAAUCUCUACUGUCCACCAGAAACUGGGAUAUACUAACAGGAGAACUUGGAUCUGACAAAACUUGCCACAUGCUUUUCUUGUAUACAUGGAAAGACAGCUUAUCUUUGUGAAGUCCUUUGGUUCCUAAAAGUUCCAAACAAUUUCUGAGGCAUUUUCUCUACUAGAGGUUCCAGCUUUAUUUUAUCUAGUAAAACUAUGUCCUGUUUUUGCAAUAUUUCAAUAAAUUAGAGUGUAUUUUGAUUAGUGAAAACAGGUCUGCUGACAAUUCCUCCCCCAUGAGUACAACACUUUGGAAAAUAACCAAAUAUUGAAUCUAAAUAUGAGGCACAAGGUGAUAGGAUCUUCAGAGCUGGCAGUAACCACAAGUACCAGCACUCCCUCUUGCUCUGCUGUGUGAACUUUACCAGCUGCAACAUUUACAGACACAUGCUUGAUCCCAAAAAGCCAUCUCCCCUAUCAGCACUAUUUCUUAGCUUAUGGAAAACAUGGCAUGCAGCAAUUUAUUUAAUGAACUGUUUAGUAUGUCAGUAUAGUAACAUGUCCAGGAAAAAAUAUGCUGAUCCUUUUUGCCUCACUCUUUCCUGAUCACAGGCAGCUAAUCAGUCAUUCAGGAGUAGUAUUUUCCCAAUAACAGGCUACAAAGAUGCUGAGGUUACCAACCUUCCUAUCUUGCUUUUCAAGUUUGUUUAAUGCCCUCAGCUACCUCUGAUCCUUCCUUUUGCUCCUGGACUGAUUUUCCCUGAGAGUGGUCUGAUGUUUCCUUUUUUCUUCCUAAACUCUAAUGAAAGCAUAUUAUAUUCAAACUCCAUGUUGCAGUGUGGUUUUGGUAUGGUUUUGGCAUGUCAAGGUAUCUGGUAUCAUGGACUUUUGUUUUGUCCUUGUGUUGAGUGAGAAACAUGGAAACAUUCUCCCACUGCAGACCAGAGCUGCACAGCUUUGCUUCAGCAUGAGGAAGAUUUUCAUCAUUCUGAAAGACAAAUAUUUAAAAAAAGACAUUUAGCAUUGCUUAUUGAGGACAUAUAUGUGCACAAAGGACACAAAACAGGAUUAACAUGCUGACAAUAGCUGCUUGAUGCUCUUUCAUGGUCACAAGGACCAUGUGCCACCCUGCUGUUUACUAACCGGUGUCUGGGGCAGACCUUCCUUCAGCCAGUGUGCAGACACAGAAAAGUAAUAUCCCCCUAUGCUGCCUCCCUGUGGGGGUGACCAAAGUUUGUCCCUGGACUUUGCCAAUCCAGACUUCCUUAAAAUAGUCAGCAGUGUGCACUGUGGACUUUCCACCACUAAAAUAAAGAGUAAUCCCCUCCAACACAAUUCAGAUUUCAUUUCCAUCUAAUUCCUACUCUUGACUGGGUAUGAUUUGGAGACAAAUAGAGGGAAAGCCUUCUGCUGUUUCUUGAUUUAUUCACCAACAUGGAGAAUCUCCAGAACAUCUUAUUCAGUACAGAAAUAAGGAAUAAGUGGGUUUAGAGCUUGCUCUGAGGGUAUCUGAGCACUAGCAUGGUCUAGAGGCAGAAUCAGUGCAUUUUAUAAUUCAGCUUCCUUUUCCAUGCAUGGAAAAUAUACUUUGACACAAAUCAAAAGUGUAUCAGAGACCAGAUGCUUUCCCAGCUACAGCAGCUUCAGCAAAUGGUUCAGUAAGUAGAGCUUUGAUGUGAGAAGAGGUUGCUGUGAUAAGGGGCUGGUUUGCCUCCUACAAGCAUUUCUUGCUAGAUCUGCUCACUGCUUCCUCUAGACAACUCCACUCUACUUCUGGACAAGUGCACUCCAGCAAAGCAAAUCUGUUAAUCAGUCUCAAAAUGAGUAAGUGCUGCUUAUGCUGCUGCUCUCUUUUCCCCUGCUCUGGUUGCUGGUCACAAAACUCAUAAGGGCAUCUAUAACUGCCGGACUGCUAGAAACAAUGGAACACAGGAGACGGGGUGAAACAUCAAGAAACAUACAGGAAAAACCAAAAAUCUCUACUUAUAGAGCCAUAAGCCAUCUCAGGGAAGACACAGUCAUAAGCUCACUGAGUAGACAUGUUCUAUGUUUCGAAGCAGCACAAUAGUGUCAUGGCCUUCUGUAAUCUCAGUGACAUAAAAAAGUUACCUAUCCUCUGAAAUCCUAACAAUCCAGUUCUCUGGAGAGUUAUGCAGGAACAAGGGCUUCCUGUGUGGUAAGAGUGAAACCCAACAUUUCAGGAAAGAUCCUCUGAGAAGCAGAGGAAGUGCAUGGCAGCCCAAGCAUGAGGCCGAGCCAGCUCUAGCGAGCAGCGCGACCGACCGCGGGCGGCCUGGGGAUGCUCCCGGCGGCGGCGAGAGCGCAGCGCCGGGAGAUGCCCGGGGGCGAAAGCGGCUGUCGGGGCAGCAGCAGGAGUUUGCUUCCUGCUGGAAUUCCCAUUGGCUGGGCAGGGUUUCCCGGCCCGGGCAGAGCAGGCUCUGCUGCUAUAUCUAGCGGCAGCGCUGCCGGGUGCGAGAUAAGGGCUCGCCCCGGUGGUCUGUCCCCGCUGCGCGAUGGAGCUGAAGAGGUUCCUGCUCUGCGCCGCGCUCCUGCUGCCCGCUGCCCUGGGCUUCCCUGUUCAGGACAACUAUGAAAACAGCACAACAACAACAGAACCUACUGAGGUUACUACAGAGGAGAAUAUAUACGAAUCUCCUUCGCCUACAGAGACUGAUGAGGAGGAUGAAGAUAUUUUUAACAAAAUUCUGAAAGUUAACAAAGACAGCUCUCAGUUCUUGCAGGAAGGUGACAUAGUCCCACGAAGGAGUCGCAGUGCCAUCAACUGUCGUCAUUGCAACUGGCCCCAGUCCAGUGAUGGGAUAGUUCGUAUUCCCUAUGAAUUGGAUCCUACUUAUGAUGAAAGCCAUGUAAAAGGAAUUCAUGAUGCCAUGGCAGAAUUUGAAGCACUGACUUGUAUUAAUUUUGUGAAGCGCAAGGCAGAACGUGACUACCUCAGUAUUAGAUCUGCUGAUGGCUGCUGGUCCAACUAUGGGAAAGUAGGAGGUGGACAGACUGUCUCUGUGAUGAAAGGAGGCUGCAUGUGGAAAGGAGUAAUUCAGCAUGAACUGGAGCAUGCUCUGGGCUUUUUGCACGAACACUCUCGAAGUGACAGAGAUAAACACGUAAAGAUCAUGUGGGAGUACAUCAGUCCUCCUGACAGACCAGAUUUCAAGAAAUUUGAAAACUCCAAUAACCUGGAUCUUCCAUAUGACUAUACCUCAGUAAUGCACUAUGGCCCAUACACGUUCACCAAUACCACUGGGAAAGCAACUAUUAUACCAAUUCCUGAUGGAUCAGUACAUAUUGGACAGAGACAAGGGAUGAGCAACUUAGAUGUGGCCAAAAUCAACAAACUUUACAACUGCAGUCGCUGCAGCACUAUUCUUGAUGGACCUUCUGGGUCACUGAGAUCUGCCAACUACCCAAGGAAUUACUCAGAUAACACCAACUGUGUCUGGCUCAUCCGAACCCGAGCCAGAAAGGUUUCCCUGUAUUUUCAAGCCUUUCAGCUCCAAAAAACUAGAGGCUGUCAGGGUGAUUAUGUUAAAGUUUAUGAUGGAUCCAGCAAGUCUUCUCCAGUUCUAAUGGACAAGACCUGUGGAUCACAGAUCCCCAAUGGCGUAGUUGCUUCUAGUAAUCUUAUGCUCGUAGAGUUCAUCACAGAUGGUGCCCAUACAGCUUCUGGUUUCCAAGCCACCUUUACUGCUGUGAGGACCCAAAGAAGAUAUAGCAUCCACAACUGACUGAAUGAAGAAGAACCUAUUCUGUGAAUAUUGAAAUUAUGCGUUUCUUACUCUGUUCCUAUCUGGGCUUGGUUCAGUAUGGAAUUUUAUUCUAUUAAGAAUCAAAGUUUUCAUCUUCCUGAAAAAGUUUAUUCCCCAAGCCAUAUAAAUGUACAAAUUCUAUACAUCUGGUAUACUCCUCCUUUUGUCUGCACAGUUAAGUUAUUACCUCUUUCUAUUUAACAAUUGAAUAAAAACCUUCAUUAAAAAAAGAA